AUGGAUCUGGCUCGCAAGUAUGCUUUUGGAAAGAUGCUUGUAAUUGGAUCACAAGCACCAUUUAAGGUGAAGGGGUUGUGGCUUUUCCGCGGACAAGAGAUUCCACAAUUUGUGAUUGACGAGUGUUAUGAUAUGGAGCUGUACAAGUGGACCAAGAUGGCAAAAAGGAAGAGUUCAACAUGGAGAAGGUUGAUGUUGUUUGUGUUUGGAUUGAAUAUGAUGGAGAGCAUGUUUUUUGGUUUCUCUGCAUCAAUAGAUAAGAGGAAAGCAAGUGCUCAUUAUAUUCUGGGGUGGAGUUUUGCGUUGAAUGGGGUUGCCCCUCCAUUAGAUUAUGCACUACUUCCAAAGCCACCACCAAAGGAGAAACACUCACAGUCUUUUCCUUGGAUCAAGGUUAUAAUUGGCAUGUUGUCUGCUUUGACAUUUAUCUUGUUGUGCCUUUUUCUUUAUGUGACACUCUAUAAGAGAUACAUGGUAUUUGAAACUCUUGAGGACUGGGAAAUGGAUUGUCCUCACAGGUUCAGAUACAGAGAUCUUCACCUAGCAACAAAGGGGUUCGUAGAGAGCCAACUAAUUGGAGUUGGAGGCUUUGGUUCUGUGUACAAAGGGGUGUUACCCAGAACAGGAACUGAGGUUGCUGUUAAAAGGAUCCUGAGAACUCCAGCCAAAGGAAUGAGGGAAUUUGCAGCUGAGAUUGAAAGCUUAGGAAGAUUGAGGCACAAGAAUUUGGUGAACCUUCAAGGGUGGUGCAAGCACAAGAAUGAUCUCCUUUUGGUUUAUGAUUACAUUCCAAAUGAGAGCCUUGACUCUCUCCUAUUCAGCAGAAGCUUUGUUUUGGAUUGGGAUCAAAGAUUCAGAAUUCUCAAAGGUGUAGGUGCUGGGCUGUUGUAUCUGCAUGAAGAAUGGGAGCAAGUGGUGAUCCAUAAAGAUGUGAAAUCUAGCAAUAUUAGUGCUUGA